CCUGAAAGAGCCUCCAAGCCUCCUCCAAGCGUCCAGACGUUAGUUUGCUGUAGUUUACAACGUGCAAUCCGCGUAAACGUUUAUCGAGUUGUUGACAAUGAUAAAUGACAACAGUGAUGGAGAUGGGGAUGGGUAUCUCGCCGGUGAGUGUCAGCGUACUGUGCGACUCCUGGAGAUGCUACGUCGCACGCACUAUGAGCUUGUACAAGAGAACGGCCAGCGACGGUUGACGGCACCAGAAGUAGUGCGUGGUCAACGGCAGCGUGGUAAGGGCGCGGAAAUAUUCCUGGGUCGUUUACCACGCGACUGCUACGAGGACGAGCUGAUGCCGUUGCUGGAGCAGGUCGGCCGACUCCUAGAGUUGCGACUAAUGCUCGACUUUUCUGGAUCGACGCGCGGUUACGCGUUCGCGUUGUACGAGGAUCCGCGGAUUGCCCGGGAAGCGUGCGAGCGUCUCAACGGCCACGAGAUCCGGCCAGGCCAUCGCAUCGGUGUGGUCAAGUCCAUGGACAACUGUAGGCUCUUCUUCGGUGGCGUGCCCAAGAACAAGACCAAGCUCGAGUUUCUUGAGGAACUGACCAAGAUUUUAGAUGGUAUCGUAGACAUCUACGUGUAUCCGAACGCCCAAAAUCGCAGUCUAAAUCGCGGUUUUAUCUUCGUCGAGUUUCGAGAUCAUCGAGCUGCCGCGAUGGCCCGACGCAAGCUCAUACCUGGCAAAGUGAUGCUGUGGGAUCACGAGAUCGCGGUGGACUGGGCAGAUCCGGAACCGGGUGAUCCGGUCGAUGAAGACAUCAUGGAGACGGUGACGGCUCUGUUCGUAAGGAACCUAUCGAUCGAUAUGCCGCAGCAGAAGGUGAAGGAGAUCAUCUACAGGCACACGAAUGUGCCGAUAUUGAAGCUGAAGAAGAUCAAUCACUUCGCUUUUAUUCACUACGAAAGUCGCGAAGCCGCGCAGACUGUAAUGGACAUAAUGCAAAAACCAGAUAGUAUUGUCGAGCAGCAGGGUUGGGAAGUUCGUUGGGCAAAACCUAUCGGAGCGUCCAAGGUUCUAGAAAGAGAACGAUAUAUUCGCGAAGCAGUAUCUAACUCGGGGUCACAAAAGACCGAAAUUCCGCGCUUUAAACGAGGAAAGAAACGCUCCAUCAAAGCAAUCACGAAAAUGCAAGAGGACGAGGAGGUUUAUCUGGCACAGAUGAAGAAUCUGCAGAGCUUUGUUAAAGAAAUAUUUAACGCGACAUGCGACUUUGAUUGUGUAUUGGAUACAACCGGAUAUGUUGGCAAGAUAACUGUUCAUAAAGAUGACACAAUAAUAACCGAAUUACAAGGGGACCCAAUGGCAUUAAAACAUGAAGCUAUGAGUGUGGCAACCGUAAAAAUGUACCAACAUUUGACCAACAAUUUGCUCGCGAAUAGUGCACAACAACUGCAUGGACAGACUUAUAUUCUACCAGGAAUGAGCACUAACCCUACGAUUGCGCCGAUUGUUUGGCAUCCAGGAAUCAUUCAAAAUUAGAUUAUCGUUUGUUUUCGUGUUUUCUUUUUAAUUAUUACAUACACAAGCGAAAACUACGUAAUUGCAUAAGAAAAAUAUAAUUGUUCAUUAUCUAAAUAUUUUAACUCAAAUCUUUUAACAAUUGUUAAAUUAGUGAUAUUAAUUAAUAGAGAAUGUUAGUUUAAUAUAUUUGAUUUUAAGUUACAAUUCUGUGACAGUGUAUCUUUAAAUAUCAAUGCUCAAGAUAUCUUCUUCGCGUGCCAUAUGCACUUGUGAGCGCGUAGACGAUCUCUUGUGCAUACAUUUAAGAUAUAUUGAACUUUAUUUGAAUGCCUAAAAUAAUUUGACUAUAAUUAUUAAAGUUUAUAAAAUUACAAUAUUUGACGAAAUCUAUACAAGUAUUAUAUAUAAUAUAUAUGGCCAUUUAUUUUAAUGAUAACGAUUAAUGAAAUUUCUCAAUUUAAAAAUUGAUUUUAAAUUAGUUCUCUGAAUUUUGAAGAUGUGUGUGCUUAAGAUAUAUUAAAAGAUAAAUUUACAAUGUGUUCGAUGAAUUUAUAAUCCCUAAUAAAAAUUUGACUAUUUACACUGAUGGCCAUUUUAAAAAAUUUCUUUUACUAGGAGGAAUUUGUACUGGGACUAAUUUCCAAAUAUAUUUAUUCAUUUAUAAUCCAAAAAUCUAAUACUUGCAAAUUUCAUACACUGCUAUAGAUUUUGUAACUUUUUACUUGUAUUUUUAUGCAACUAAAGUUUUAAUGUUAAAAAAAUUAUUAUUUUACCAAAGUUAAAAUUUUUAAUAUAUAUGUUUAUAAUACAUUAAAAAUGUAUUAAAGGAUAAUAUUUUAACUACGCUUUUUUUAAAUAAAUAUAUAAGAAAAGAAGGUUAGCUUUUAUGUUUAUUUUUUAAAUAAGAUAUCGGCUGUGUCAGCACAAAAUAAUUAUUUUAGUUAUAAUGAAGACAUGCGUACGUGUUGCAUUAUUGAAUUUGUGAUUAAUAUGUGUUAUGUUUAGUUAGUAAUAUGCAUAAUUCAUAUCAUUCAUAUCAGGCAAAAAAGACA